AUGGCUUCGAGCUCCGGCCGUUUCACGACAAACUCUGCUGGCACCGCGACGGGCUUUACUCUGCCGCAAGCUGUGUCAGUUGAACAGUUUGCCGCAGAGCGAGCGGAGGACGUCCAAAAGCUUCUGGCCUCGCUUGGCGACGUGGCUGCUCAGCCGCGGCACCUGCGGCGCCGCACCCGCAGCUGGCAGCCCUUUGGCCUGCUGCGGCGGCGCACGCAGGCGUCUGCACCGAAAACAUGGCGAAAAGUGAGGAGGCGCAAGGUGGAAGGGCAGAUCCCAGCUUCCACAAAGUUGGCCGUGGAGGAUGGGGUGGUGCGAGUGCGGAAGCACUGGAGGAGGCCUGGGCUGCUGCUCCGGGCGCAUGCAUGGGCACCGCCCUCUCUGGGAGCCGCAGCGCCGACCAGAUAUCUGGAGACUCACGUGUGGCACGCCAAGCGUGCCCACAUGGAGGAGGCUUGGGGCCACAAACUGGCAGCUUGCAACAAUGCUCUUGGAGUACGGGCGUUGCAUAGGGCCAUGUCUCGCCACUGUUGUGCGCAUGAUCGCAGCUACAUGCAACUCGUGGAGAUCUUCGGAUCUGAGCAGCUUAUUGUUGACACGCUGGCACACUGUGGGGCCGACCGCCGUUUGAUCCUUGCCAAAGACGCACGGAGUGGUGCCAGGCGUGUGCGGAUAUUGUUGCGAGACUGUGGAGAUCAGUUGAUCACUCCUGCCUUGCUGCUUUGGAGUCCGUCCAUGACAACGCGGCAUCCGCCGAUGGCCAAAGAGCCAAGCGACGAGGAGAUGCCGUUCACAAUUGAUGUCCAGGGCACAGGCCCAUCGCCUGGCUCGGGAGGGGAUGUGGACAUGGUUGAGGCUGCGCUGGAAGCAACGCCUGAAACCGGCUGGAUAGUGUGGCUUUGGGUGCACCCAGCAGCUGCCCAAGAGGCCGUCACAGCCCUGGGUUUGGCUGCAGUGCAGGCACGCUCAUCUCGCGAGGGUGCGCUUUGGGUCUCCCCCACGUGCGGGCCCAGCUACUUGGAGCUCACGGGCCCCAAGACUCUGGAGGUGCUCCGCAGGGCCCUGCCUCCAGAGGCUUGCCGCAGCUCGCCUGCAGCACGGAUUUGGAGUGAGCUCGAAGUCGCAUCUGUGGCGCCCCCUUGCGGCGCAGUGCUGGCGUUGGAAGUCCAGGCGGCCUUUUUAGCCUCGGGAAAGGAUGGCCAGCCGGGGUCCUCCAGGCUCGGAAGCCGGAAGGACUGGCUGGCACGAUGGCCGCCAGAGGCCGCGCAGGGUGGCUUGUGGGCUGAUUCCAGCCACACUCCCUCCGAGGACGGCCACGUAGCUGUUAUGCUGGUGUUUCGGCAUGGGGGGAAGAUGGCGGACUGCGCGGCGGGCGUGGACAUCCUCUUCCCACCAGGCGCUGUGCAAAGGAACAGGCUCGGCAGUGCACGCGUCCGGGAGAAGCCUCGUGAGCGCCAGAGCAAGCAACCAGCCGAGGACUUGGCCCGUUUGAAGCUGACGAACUCCACGAAUGUGCUGGACCCGCCGCUGCAAGCUUUGCUUGAUAUGCCUUUGGACGAGGUUUGGGCCAUGGCCAACUCUCCGAGCGGGCUGAAGGACUUGGGCAGCCGAUUGUGCAGCUACCUCGGGAAGCGCAGCACGCCAUCCCUUCUGGAGGGUGUUAACCUUGGGGCGGGCAACGUCUCGGACAUGGUGGAUGCUUCCUGCGGCUUCCCCUGCGCGCUGAGAGAUGGGCAGCUGCAGGUCUCGAGUCAGCUUGGGGUCAAGGAGAGGCUGUGGCUGGGCUACAUGGUGGUGCACCUGCGCAGAGGCAGUAUGGGCAAGGAGAAUGUGGUCUGCGGGCAGCAAGGGCCUCGCUACUUGCAACAUGUGAGUGGCCGACGAGGGCAGGGCCUUGGUAACAUGCUGCAAGGCUUGCAGGCUACUAUGGCGCUGGCAUUGGUUACUGGCCGGGCCGUACUGAUGAAGUGGCCGAGGUUGGAGGACGCUGUUCAACCACGCUUCUUUGACUGGCAGAUGGCCAUCCACAGCUCUUGCCAGCGCAGCGUGAAAACCAUGGAAGGAUGGAACUUUGGGAGGACGCAGCGGCCAGUGGAUAUCUUGGCUGCGGGCUUCAGCAGCGACCCCGGGUUCUUGCAAUUCACAGGAAACUGGGGCGUCGGCCCUUUCUGGCGGCAGAAUUUGACGGGCGUCGGCCUCCCGACUGCCACACUGGAAGGCAUCUUCCGGAAUCAGGCGGCCAUGGCGGCCGGGUGUCUCCUACACUUUCCCCUUGGCUCGCGGCCUGAGCUGCAGCGGCAGGUUUUCCAAAUACUUGGCGGCGUCAAGUCCCACGUGGCGGUGCAGCUGCGCACGGGCGAUUCGGCCAAGGGCUCCAUCUCGGGGGAUUCGUCGGACAAGAGGCCCGUGCUGCGGGACAAGGCCUGGGGGCUGCAGAGCCCGGAGGAGGCGGCUCGGCAAAUAGCAGCGUGCGCAACGCAGUUGUGCGCAAAGCUGGACUUGGCCAAAGUGCCAGGCAGUUUGACGGCUGGGGACACACCAUGCGAGGUCUUCUUUGAGUCUGACAACAUACGGGCAAGAGAAGUUAUCCGGAAGCUGCCGACAGAAACUGGCACCAGGUUUCGAACUUCUGUGAUGCGGCCUCGACACAGCUCAGACGAGUCGGCCAUCCCGGAGACAUUGGCAGCUAUGCUGGCGCUUUCGUCUCACAAGACGUUGAUAUGGACCACGGGUGCCAUUAGUGCCAUGGUCAGGCAGUUUGGCACGCUGCACUUGACUGGGGCGAGGGAUUUCCAAUUUGAGCUCUUCCUACGCGCCCGCGCAAACCGCAACCAGUCGAUGCAGAACCUGCUGCGCUGCCACUUUGCAGGCGCAAGGGCCAUGGGCUUUCGGGACCGGCAGCGGCUGCUGGCCAGCCGCGGCCUGCCAGAGUUCCCGAUAGACUUUCCGGAUGCUCCAGCCGGCAAUCGUCAAGCUGAGCACGAGGGCGCCGCGGCUCUGCAGCGGUUCCAGCGGAAACCCCCGGGGAAGCGCCCAAACUUUGCGGUGUUGGCCAUUGCUGCUCCGCAUCUUCCUGACUGGGGCGCUUUGCCUGCCAUCAACCCGCUGGAGAGGCCCAAUGUGUGCAGGGUGGGCCUGCCUUUGCUGCUCACGCAGCCGCGGUGCUGUUUGUCUCAUCCAGGGCUUCUGCCGGUGACGCUGCGCUCGAUGGGCGGCGGCACUCCGCGAGGUGGUUGCCACCUCUACCAGCCAUCAGCGUCAGACCUUGCCCUGGUCUCCCUUCCAGGUCAGGUGAGCCGCGGCCGAGGCCCGGCCAGGCAAGAAGCACCCCUUCCGCUGCCUGCCCCACGGAUCGAGGAGCCGCGGCAUAGCAGCCAGAAGCGUGGAAGGCUGCGGCGCCAGCAGAAGGAGGCAGAGAAGGUGGAGGCGAUUCGAGCACUUGUCGGCUUUGUGACGUCCGGUGGCUUCUCCUACCACUAUGGCCGUGGUGCCGGUGUGGGCGUGGUGGUGGCGCAGAUCCUUGGGGAAGUGGCGCGCGAGCAAUCGGCAGGUUCAGAUGCCGUUCCUCAGUGGAUUUGGCUUUGGGCAAGAAAUACCACGUCGCUGCUGUACUUCCCGGUGUGGGUGCCGGGCACUCAGCGAAUCAGCGGCCAUCAGCCUCGGAGCCUGGGUAGGUGCCUUGGCAUUGACGGCCUCGUGGUGAGUGGGAUGCACGGGCUUGUGAAAACAUCACCUGCCCAUCACCUGCCCGGCCAGCCGUUUGAUGGGGAGGAUGACGACAGGCGCAUUUUCGCCAUCACCGCGGCUGCAGCUUCCCGCACGAUCGUCGCAGAGCAUGUCUAUGGCAUCCUCCUCCGCAUGGAGUCCGGAUGGCUCCACGAGCCCCUUCCGCUCCAGCUCCUUGCCCUGCUCGCCUUUCCGGAAGUCCGCCAAUGCUUCGGCCUCGCUCAGGAUCGCAGGCACAAGGCCCAUACGACAGCAGCAGGCCGGCCGAUUCCUGCAAGCCGCGUGCACGACCGCUCCUCGGAUGCCAAGUAA